CAAGCUUUGAACACAUGUUGUUGUUAUUGUGUACACUAUACAGUAUACAGUGUCUGUUAAGGAUAGCGAAGAAUUUGUGACUGUAAAAGGUGUAGCUAGUCUGGUUUGCUGAGUAACUAGAUACCAACCUUCAGGUGAGGAAGCUGAAGCAGUUUCACGUUGGCAAACCUAGAUAACAAUUCAACAGUCCAGAAGAACAAAAUUAUUCUUUGUUCUUUGGGCCCAUACAGAAGUGAAAUCAGAGAAACUGAAAAUGGGGAAAACAACAAAAGACAAGAGAGAUAUUUACUACCGCAUGGCAAAAACUGAAGGGUGGAGAGCAAGGAGUGCUUAUAAACUGAUACAAAUUGAUGAAGAAUAUAAUAUUCUUUCAGGUGUACAAAGAGUUGUUGACCUUUGUGCAGCCCCAGGUAGCUGGAGUCAGGUUUUGUCCCAGAAAUUAAGGUCCAAAAAUGAGAGUGCAGACGAUAGUGUGAAGAUAGUGGCAGUGGAUUUGCAGUCAAUGGCCCCAAUUCCUGGUGUUAUCUGCAUACGGGGUGACAUAACAGACACCAACACAGCUGAAAGAAUAAUAAAAGAGUUUGAUGGAUGUCCAGCAGAUCUUGUCAUUUGUGAUGGUGCACCAGAUGUUACUGGUCUACAUGAUCUUGAUGAGUAUGUUCAAUCGCAGUUGUUGCUAGCUGCAUUUAAUAUUACAUCACAUGUCUUGAAGCCAGGUGGAACAUUUCUUGCAAAGGUGUUCCGUGGAAAUGAUAUUGAUUUGGUUUAUUCACAGAUGAAGAUAUUUUUUCCCAGUGUUGUUGUUGUCAAACCAAGCAGCUCACGAAAUUCUAGUAUUGAGGCUUACAUACUGUGCAGGAACUACACACCACCUGAAGGCUACAAACCAACUAUGCUAAAUCCAUUACUUACACAAACAGAUUGUGACUUCAGGUCUCUCACUGAAGUUAACCGUGCUAUUGUUCCUUUUCUAAGCUGUGGAGAUUUGAAUCUGUACUGAUAGACAUCACUCAUUGGCAGAAGAACUGUCAAAUUUCAAGAAGAAGUAUAGCUUGUUGUUAUGGCUACUUCAUAAUAGUGACAGUAGCAAAAUGCAUCAAACAAGAAAAGUCCAAGAUGAAACAACAACAAUAUGGAAAGGAUAGAUUGCUGCUCACCACAUAGAGGAGGCAAUGUGUCACAGACAGGUACAGUGAAAAAGACUGCUGAAGCACCUCUGUGUGGUGAGUAGCCAUUAAUUGUUGUUGCCAAAUAAGAACAUUUGUUUUGCAAGCUUUUACUUCGUAUAAUAAUGAAUAAAUAUCACUUCAGUCAAUCCAAAUGAAGAAUGACUUAACUGCAGUUGCAACUGUCAUUACUGGCUGCUUGCUACUUAAAUAACUUCAGUUGUGGGUGGUGCUAGAACCUCACAUGGGCUUCAACAAACAUUUACUCAGUGUUAAUUACACUGAUAUAGUGUCAGUGGUUUUUGUUUCAGGUUGCAGUAGUUUAUUCUGUGCAGAAACAUAAUGAUUGAAGUAUAUUACUUGUUUCUUAGAAAGGUAUUUUAUCUUGUAGUGUAAAUUUUGUCAAUACUUUGAUGCAGUAAGUGUACCUGUGGAGAAAGUUCCAGAAAGCUUGCAGUUCUUGUGGUACAAAUACAAAUUCUUCCAACAAAUCCAUUUUGUAAUAUUUGUAUGCAAUACAGCGAUUGAACUGGAGUCACUCUGCCAUCUCUUUUAUUCACAUCAUGUGGCAGAAUGAUAUUGAAUGUUUCCAACGACUCGGACAGUGUUUGAAUACAUGAGGUUAACGGUUUAUGAUGUACGCUAAGUUCACUACUAAACUAUAAAUUUUGAACAGAAUGGUGUAAUUUCUUGUGAAUUGACAGUGCAGCAUGUGUUUCUGUAAUCCUAAAUGGUACCAAAACAAAUGUUUUACACUUUUAAUGACAAAUUGUGUUUGCAAUAAAAUGCAUUUUAAUGACCUUCUCUUAG